AUGCAAUCCGUCAUAACUUCAUCAUUUGUUGGUGUAUUUUUUCCACACUCAAUGGAGUUAGAUAACACAAGCGAAAACAUGUAUUUUUUACUAUAUGAGCCUUAUACUGCUAAUUAUAGCGUGAAAGUAAUUGCCAGUAUGAAAUUAGUUAAAGACAUGAUUCAAGGGUAUGAUAACGAGUGGACUAUUGCUUCAAGAAGUGAAAGAAAAUCUCCAUUAAUUUUACUUGCUACCGGUGUUAUGAGCCAACAACCUGCCGCGAGAGCUUUCUUGGGAAGAAUUGUUGAAGAGAAAUUUCAUAUGCAGGCACUUGCUUUAACAAUUAUACCAGCGAUCCCGCUUGUUCCCGAAAGAUUAAAAGAAAUGGUCCAUCCUGAGUUAGCGCCUGUUAAUUUAGGAGAUGGUGUAAAAGAAGGAUAUUUUUAUGUAAAUCUAUCAACGGGCCAGGAUUUUACAAAUGGCCCUGAAUUUUAUGACAACGCUGCUAACGACGACGAGCUUGGUGAAUAUGAGAGGGAAAUUUUAGAGGGCGCCCAGAGAAGAAACCAAGAAGCUCGCGGUGAUGAUAUCGAAAUUCCUGAUAACCUAGGGGACAAUGAACCCCGAGCUCAUAAUCCUUAUUACACUGAUGAAGAUGAGCCAUACGCACCUCCUGAUAAUUUUUUUUAUACCAGACGUAUGUCUGACUCUAGUGCAGAAGAGCAUACGGAGAACCAAAGCCGCGAAAAUAUGGCUGAAGAGUUUUUGAGAAACAUGCAGGAGAACGCAAACCGUACUAGGGGUUAUAAAAACAAUAAUUUCGCAAACACGUCUGAAGGUGACAUUGAAAACAGUGAGCUUGAAGAGACAAUUAUGCAAACUAGGACAAAUCUACCGAGUAACCCUGCAAGCCAUGCUACUUACUUCAAUAAUUCUUUUCAUUUUAAAUUAGGGCACCACCAAGAUGCAGUAAGAACCAGUAGUACUACCCAACAAUCAAAUACACCACAAAGUCACGAUCCCAUGGUAGGAAGUAGCAGAAGCGCUAUGGCUGACUUUGCGUACACUAGAAAUGAUUCAUUUGCAUCGGAUUUUUAUGCUGCUGGUUCUGAUUUUCCUUUAGAUAACGAUUUUAGAAAUUUAUCCAAUCCGAUUGUUGAAGGUUAG